AUGACCUCUGCCUUCAAGUAUCUGAUUGACUGCAAGGAGGAAGAGAAUAAACUUCUCCCAUUUGAUCCCACUGCCAGAAAAACUAGGGGACCAGACAGUUGUGACCAGGCUCUGCUCCAGAUUGGGAUAAACAUGAUGGCAUUCCCAGGGGUUAGUCAUUUGGACUCUAUCCCAUUGCAAGGGCAGGGAUUGCCCCUGAUUCAGGUGGACUCUGUUCAGCGAUGGAUGGAGGACCUAAAGUUGAUGACAGAUUGUGAGUGCAUGUGCAUCCUGCAGUCGAAACCCAUUAGCCUAGAGGAUGAUGCCCAGAGUGAGCUGAUCCCAUCCUCCCAGCACGGCCCCUGUGACCACUUGCAGCUACUAUUGAAGCGAGCCUGGAUCAUCAGCACUGAACUGGGAAGGAUUGGGCAGAAGUUGGACCGGGAACGGUGGGGGCGGGUGCACAGUCUGAGUGUCCGGCUGACCUGCCACGCACGGUCCAUGAUCAGCGAGUACAGCAUCUUCAGCAGGGGGACCUCUGAGGAGAUGGAGCAUUUUCAGAAACUCUUAAUGGAGAAGUGCUCAGAACUUACUGCAGUCACUGAGAGGUGUCUCCACAUUGAUGAAGAACAGGUCCUGAAGUCCAUGAAGCCCUGUGUGAGUGAGACCUUGAGUGCGGUUGGCCGGUACUUUAGCCAGCUAUUGGAAUUGGCUCUGACACAGGAGAUACAGGUGCUGGUGAGAAAGAUUGACUCUUCAGACAAUCUUUACACUGCAGAGUCUACCACUGGGAACCUGUUCAGCUUGACCCAGGAGGGGGCCCCUUUAUGCCGUAUCAUAGCAAAGGAGGGGGGUGUUGUGGCCCUCUUCAAGAUCUGCCGGCAGGACUGUUUCCGGUGCCUGUAUCCACAGACGUUACGGACUCUUGCUUCCAUCUGUUGUGUAGAGGAAGGCAUUCACCAGCUGGAAAAGGUUGGAAACCAGAAUCUUAACCCCAAAUCAAGUCUAAGACAGGAGGCAAGAUGUCUCAGUCACAAUGGCCAGACUCUUUUCAUCUCUGCAUUUCUAGAAGUCUUGGAGACCUUGUUGUCUGCUCUUUUGAUUCACUGUGUGACCUUGAGAGUGCCUUGCAAAGCAUUAAGGCAUGGCAUUAGUACUGAGAGGCUGAAGGGUCCCCAGGAGACUGUCAGUGAUCUCAUAAUGUCGGGACAAUUAGAUUCCCUAACUCAAGAUCCUGCCAUCCUGCAGGGGAUUGAUUAUACUCUUGCUCCAAAUUAUAUUGUGACAAUAUUGGCAAACAUGUCUGUCCUGGAACAAUGUGCCUCAGAUAUCAUACAAGAGGAUGGGCUACAACUUCUCAUGGGGAUGCUAUCUGAGAAGCCACUGUCAGGGAGCCCAGCUGAAGUGGCUGCCUGUGAAAGAGUCCAGCAGAAAGCCGCCGUGACACUCACUCGACUCAGCCGGGAUGCAGAUGUGGCCCGAGAAGCCAUACGACUUGGGUGUAUGCCUCGUCUCACUGAGCUUUGCUGGGUCCCAGCUGAGAGGAACAACAGUGACUCUGUGCUUGUGGCAUGUUUGGCUGCCUUACGUACCCUGGCAGCAGUCUGCCCAGAAGGCCUCCAGGACACAGAUUUCCAACAACUUGUCAAGCCUCGACUGGUGGACUCCUUUCUCCUCUGUGCAAACAUGGAAGAGAGCUUUGUGUGA